CACCCAGGCAUAGACAUGGCAGCUGAAGUCCGAAUGGUUCUUUACGAAGAUGACUCGGUGCAAGUGCAGUACGCUGAUGGCUCCACACUGCAACUCUCUCCCUGCGGCUCGGAAUUCCUAUUUGAAAGGGCACCUCCUCUUUCAACACAUCCGUUAGAGCAACCAGAGAGGAUUCGUCAACGGACACACUUUGUCAUUAGCACCUACCGAGAGCAACUACAGCGAGCCCUCGAUUUUCGAAACUCUUCAGCUACGUGCCCUUUUUUAUCUGAAAGCCUCAUACCUCCUGAAAGAAAAAAGCAUAUCUUCAUUGAUUUCUCAGAAGUAAAAUGGCCCAGUCUUGAUAGAGAUGGCAACAUCACGUAUUCAGAAAGUGGUGCUGUGAAGGUAACAUCACUAGAUGGAUAUGCAUAUCUUUGCCUGCCCAGAUCUCAGCAUGAAUUUACAGUACACUUUUUGUGUCAAGUGAGCCAGAAGCCAGAUUCAUCUUUAAUAUCAUCCAAAACAAAUGGUCCAGUACCGAAAGAUAAACUAGCUGGAAAGACCAGCAGAAUGGGCACAUGUGGAAGUUUAUCAGGACGAAGAUUAAAGAAUAAAGAAAACGACUUUCUUUACCAGAUGUUGAAAUCUAAAGAAGCUUCAGAAAACACUUGUUGUGUGCAUGGAGCUGAAGGGAGAGAGGAGCUGCCUUCCCCGGGCGCAAAGCACAGAUGUGUAUACACGUGGGUGAAGCAGUGUUGGUCCGUCGCCUCCUGUCCUGAGCAGUGGAAAUACCCUUUGUCUUUAGCACUUCGUUUUUAUAACCAAGUUAGUGCUGUGUCUAAAAUUGAUGUGGAUUUCCCUGCGAGUGGAACUGUAACUUCUGACACUCCAGAAGAAAGUGGAAAGGAGAUCUCUGUUCUUCCCAGGGCCUUGUUCCUCAGCUGCCCUGCCCCACACAUGCACAGGUGGAACUUCUGUGACUCACUGUUACAAACACAGUCUGAUGAAGAGUAUUCCUAUCCUGAGCUUGUGAAGGUGGUGUGGAGUAAGGGUGUCACAUACAGGCUUACCCAUAGAAAUGUAAACUCGAUAGAGAUUUAUCCUGGGGAUGGAUCGGUUUUCAAGUCAGAAGGAACUUAUUUCGGUAGCUAUUUUACUCAUCAUUCAAGUCAAGAAGAAUCAGAAAAGAGAGAAGAGAAAACUUAUUCCGUAAAUAACCUCCCUCCAGACAGACCUGGAAGCAUCUUCUCUGUACGUUCUCUGAUUAAGCAAGCAAUGAGAAUUCUUCAUCACUGUGCCAAGACGAGGCUGUCACUGAGCCACAACUAUCAUGUCUGCUGCUGGAAAACGGUACCUGGAGUAAAUGUUAACAAUACCCUGCCCGUGCUUCUGAAGGAAUCACUCAUACCCAGUGUGGGGAGAUUUCUUGCCUACUCUGAUGACAAAGUUCACGCUGUCUUUGUAGAUGGCGUCACUCUAACGCUGAAUUGGAAUUUUAGCUCAACUGAAAAAAGACAAGUAAAUGAAGGUCUCAACUUGAGUUGGUGCAGAUUAAUGUUUCCUGGUGGACAGGAGCAGUUAAUUCAGACUGAGCAUCCAGGAGCAUAUGACAGAUAUGUGACAGCAGUAACAUCGUGGUGCAGAGGCCUGACCCACACUAGUCCAAGACAGGUGCCCAAACAGCUGUCACCUGUUCGCAAAGAAAAUUGGUCUGUUGCUUCUGAGCUUGAGAAAAUACAGAAAUUUAACUGGCUCCUGGAAAACAGUGGUGUCCUGCACUUGACUUCUAGCGAGAAAAGCAAACAGUGCUCUGAUGACUGCACAUCAGAGUCUUCAGAAACCUUGCCAGAAGCAACUAAUAAAGAGAGUGUGUUGGUAGCAUUGAAAAGAACUUCUAAAAUCCUUCAGGAUAUUGACUAUCUCCUGUCAAACUCUAGAAAGUGAAGAGUGGAAUUAUUACAAUACUAAGC